AUGCAAAUGAGCCCCGCGCCUCAGAUAGAAUUAUUUCUACUCUCAUGUAACACACACUCACCUGAACACACAGACGCAGAGAAGACGAAGCAGCAGCGCUGGAGAGAGGAGACGUUACUGGUGGAGAUCCAUCAGCUGGUGCAGAAGAGAGACUUCCUGGUGGAGGACGCAGAGGUCGAGCGGCGGAGGGAGCAGGAGGAGGAUAAAGAGAUGGCCGAGUUCCUCCGACAGAAGCUCAGCGGGAUACAGAGAGCUCCGAAACCACGAACAUCUGAAGCUCCCGCGAACAAGCCGUCCCUGAGCCGGAGCAGCGCGGCCCUCAUCAAAGACUGCUGCGGAGCCACUCAGUGCACAGUCAUGUGACCGCCCCCUCACGCUCCGUCAUAACCCGGUUAAGUCCAUUUGAUGAAUAUGUUAAUGCGUUUGGAUUUGUUCACUGGAGCAGUAAAAGACUGAGAUUCUGCAGCAUGUAAAACUCGCGCUUCGUUGCAGUCCGGAGGACCAGAAGAGCAGACGUGGGUGGAAACCAUAAAGGUCCGUUCACACCAAGAGCCAUAACUAUAAUCAUAACUAUAUGUUUUUGAACGGAAAUCAACACUUGCCAAGCGCCAAAUGAGAGUGAAAACCAGAUGAAACUCAAUCCGUAACAUUUGUUACGAGUUCCAACAAUGCAACGUUGUGAACGUUAACGAUUCUCGGGACACUCGACGAGCCAGCGCCGCAUCGUCGUGAACUUUUAAGCUUCGACAGUUAAAAUAUUCAAGCGCAAAGGAACUCAAACCGUUACGCUGGACGUUUAGUGCGCGCAGAAAGCCGCGUCUCAGAAAGCGUUUCACGUCCCCUUGUGCUUGAACGGACAAAUACACACAAAUGGUGUCAAAAUAUGCGAGUACGCUAGCAAACACAUGAGUAUGAGUAUCAGUAUACAGGUGACACUCGAAAAAUUAUAAUAUCGUGUAGGGAUGGGCAACGAUUAAUCGCAUCCAAAAUUAAAGUUUGUGUUUACA